AUGGAGACGACAAGCCACCGCCCCUGGGAGACCAACCCUCCACCGUCUCUCCCGCAAACGACGCAGACUUUACCUUCGAUAGCUUCUUUGACGGCGAAGCUCCCAGCUCAGCCCAUUGAUAGGGCUCCUUCAGAUCUUUCCAUUCACCCACCUCAGAGGGACUCCGGAAGCUGGAUGACUCCUGGAGCUCUCUCAGGUUCUUCCGCCCAUUCGGCCAAUUCUAUGCCAUAUUUGAAUUCUGCUCAUUCUCCGACUGGACCGGGACCGUCGCCUUACACUCCUGAAAACACCUCUGCCCCCCCGGCGCCCUUCAAUGGUGGAUUGCAGCACACCCCCAACGGUUUGCCUGCGCCCACGUCCGACCCGAAUCCGAACAGAGGAAGUGGCGAUUUUGAUGAUUCCAGGAGGAGCAGUGUGUCAAACAGCAUUCACUCCGGCAUGAAUAAUCUCGGUUUGGGGCCUACCUCCCCGUAUACCAGCAACAAUGCCUCCCAAACCUCGCUGGUGUCCGGUCUCCAAAGGGAAAGAGGAAUCCAGACAAAUGGCUACUCAGGAAGUCGAUACUCAACCAUGAGUGGACCCAUCUCGUCCUUCGGGUCCAACCGUGGUGGACGAGGAGGAUUUGCUGCUGGACGAGUAGCUCCUCCAAUAUUGGAAAACCCCAAACAAGAAGUCUACAGCGCCGAAGCUCCCACUCGAGGUCAAGCCUACGCCUUUCCCGAUCCCGAUGCCCCUCGACCACAAGGCGCACCACACUCGACGUUUUCGCGAAGAAACAGCUUUGCCGAGUCAUUCACCAGCAGCAUCCUGACGACGGAAUCCUCCCGGUUGCCAUUAGGCCAACAAGAACUUCCGGAAGCUCAUCACCACAGUCUACAACAUAAACAAAUCGAUAGCCUUCGGAGUGACCCGGACUCACCCAACGGAACCACACCCUAUAGCCGCACACCGGAACUCCGAAUAACACACAAGCUCGCUGAACGCAAGAGACGAAGCGAGAUGAAAGAUUGUUUCGAACAGCUGCGAACCAGGUUGCCGGCAAGUCAAAAUAAUAAAUCCAGCAAAUGGGAAACCUUGUCACGAGCCAUCGAUUAUAUCUCGCAGCUCGAAAAUCAAAACAAGGCACAACGGGUUGAAUUCGAAAGCCAACGCCUUAAAAUGGCUGAACUAGAAGCAAAACUACACGAAAUGAGCCAACAGAUGCGGGCCUUACAGCAGCCCCAAGGUUCAUUUCCUCCUCCACCCACAGCCAUGCCACAGAGUCCACUCGGGUAUGGAUCGCAUUUCAAUAACCACAUAGAUGGCCCAACUGAGCCAGCAAGGACACUUCCGCCGAUAAUGAACAGCGGGUCUAUGCAAGGGAUACAAUAUUCCUCAGAAGACCGGCGGUAA